AAGAAAGCAGAAUUUAUAAUAUAGAGCCUAUAGGAUAUAAUGCAUUUACAAAAUUUGCUAAUCUAAAAUUUGGACAAGAAAGCUCCGUAAAAUUAUUUGUUGAAAUUGUUAAAUUUCGAAACAAAAGUUCUCCAUACGAUGAUUAUAUUAUUUGGGAAUCAGCUACUACGCUUGACCCAGUAUUGUGGUGGGAAUCAUGGCCUGAUAGUAGUCUCAAACAACUAGCGAUCAAAAUUCUUAAGAUUCCAACAUCCUCUGCUGCAGCAGAGCGAAAUUUUUCUACAUUUGGUUUUAUUCACAGCAAGCUUCGUAAUCGGUUACAUAAUACUCGAGUUAAAAAACUAGUUUAUGUUUAUGAAAAUCUUCGAAUAUAUGCAGAAAAACCAGUAAACAACAAGAUUGAUACCGGAAUUAAUAAUAGCAAGGUUAAUCAGAUUAAUCAAGAGAUUUAUAACGAUGAAGAUAUGGAAAUAGAUGAUAUAAUUUAUAAGGAAGGAAUUUGUAAAGGCAUUGAAGAAGAAAUCGAACCAAUCUAUUUAUCCGACGUUGAUAAUAAUAGUGGUUCAAUAAUGGA